GCGCUUAUUUCUAGAUGAAGCUUACUGCUUUCCUCCUUAUCUGUGCACUUGUUUUUGCCGAGUUUACUGAAAACGACGGCGUUCUUGUGUUGAACGACGAUAACUUUGAUCAGGCAAUCGCGGAGCAUGAGUCUCUGCUGGUUAAGUUCUAUGCGCCCUGGUGCGGUCACUGCAAGAAGCUCGCUCCCGAUUACAGUGCUGCUGCCCGUGAGCUCCGUGAGCUGGACCCUCCUCUCUAUCUUGCUGAGGUCGAUGCGACCGCUGCUCCGAAGCUCUCUCAGAGAUUCGCCAUCCGUGGCUACCCCACUCUGAAGUUCUUCAAGAACGGCAACGCUGUCGAUUAUGACUCGGGUCGUUCCAAGGCCGAUAUUGUGAACUACAUGAAGCGCAAGGCUGGUCCCGUGGCUGUGACCUACACCACGCUGGACGACCUGAAGACCGCCAUCGAGAGCGCGGACGUGUCCGUGGUGGGCUACUUCGCGAACACGGAGUGCAAGGAGUACAAGGACUGGUACGGCGUCAUGGCGAACGUGGACGACGUCACCGCGAUCUACAUCACCGAUGCUGCCAUCAUGGAGGCCAUGGAGGUGUCCGCGCCCGCUGUGGCGAUGUACAAGAAGAGCACGACCGGCGCGCUGGUGUACGAGGGCGACAUGGAGGGUCUGAAGCGAUGGAUCAUCCUGCACCAGCUGCCGCUGGUGGUUCCGUUCUCGCAGCAGUACUCGCGCAAGCUGUUCGCUCCGGAGCACGGCAUCAAGGUGCAGCUGAUGUUCUUCGCACCCGAGAAGAACCCCGGCGAGGCGAAGCCUGUGCUGGAGGAGGUGGCGCGCGCCUUCCAGGGCCGUCUGUUCAUCGUGCACAUCCCCUCGGAGAACGCGCGGCUGCUGGACUACUUCGGCCUCACGGCGGAGCAGAUCCCCGCGCUGGCGAUGGCGGACUUCUCCGGCGAGGGCAUGGACAAGUACCUGUUCGAGGGCGAGAUGACCGUGGCCGCCAUCUCCGAGUUCAUCGAGAAGUUCUUCGCGAAGAAGCUGACGCCGUUCCUGAAGUCGGAGGACGUGCCCGCGGAGCAGCCGGGCCCCGUGUACAAGGUGGUGGGCAAGUCCUUCGAGGAGGUCGUGCUCGAUCCCAAGAAGAACGUCUUCGUCAAGUUCUACGCUCCCUGGUGCGGACACUGCAAGGCUCUCGCACCCACCUAUGAGAAGCUCGCCGAGGCCUACAAGGACGACGCCGAUGUGGUGAUCGCGGAGAUGGACGCGACGGCGAACGAGGUGGCGGGACUGAACAUCCGCGGAUUCCCCACGCUCAAGUUCUACAAGGCCGGCGAGCCCACCGCCCCCGUGGACUACGAGGGAGAGAGAACGCUCGAGGCUCUCACGGACUUCGUCGAGAAGAACCGUGUUGCGGUUAAGCACGAGGAGGAGGAGUUGUAAUUACGGGAUGGAUCAACUGUUGUU